UGGUCGGUCUCAUGCAGGUCAACAUUAGCAGAGUUUCACCGCCUGUUCGGCAGAAGUCAGAGGGAAGCGUCGCGUCUGGAUUUACCUGCCGAUUAAUCAGCGCUGGAAGUGCUGAACCAACCUGGGCUGAUGCAAACUGGGAAUUCAACCUUCUUUAUCACAGAGAGGGGACCCGAGAGGAGCACCAUGGAGUCCAGAUCCGUGAGCAAGGAGCGGUUCUUCAUUGUGAUCCGCGGCAAGUCGAGGAAAGGUUUCUGCCGCGGCUGCGUCGGCCGUGUGGAGGCGGAGACGGCGCAAGGGGAGCUGAUGGGGCUCAUGUACGGCUGCGGCUCCAACAACGGGACCCCCAAGAGCGGCGGCCUGGUGAAGGCGGAGGACACGUACCCCCUGAGCCGACACCAGGCCCAGCUGCUGCUCUACAUUUCCAGCCCCAGCAGGCGCCUGGAGCUGAUGUCCAACGCGCAGCUCUUCUCGGCCAUCUGCGACCUGUCUCCGGGCGACCUGGUGUUGGUGGCGCACAAGAAGGGCCACGUCCCCGCAGUGGUGAAGAACCUGAUGCAGAUCGGGAAGAAGGAAAACAGGGAGGACCUGAACAUGCUUGGCUUCGAGGUGGAGUUUGUGGACAGCGAAAAUAACGUGUCACCCAGCAAACUUGCCCCCCAGCCCAUUUUCACCGCCGCAGACAUCAUCCAAGUGGUCCCGUCUUACGCUGUCCCCCUCGGACUGCAGUUUAGAAACAUCGAAAAUGGUGGCUCGAGGCGGAAAGUGGUGAUGCGCAUUAACUCCAUGCCAAAUUUUGGGACGAGCGCAAGACCAGUCAUGGAACACCAAUCAGUGCAAAGCGUCAUUCGCAACCAGAUACUGAGCACAUCUCCUGUGCCUCUCGAGGUGGGCUCCUUAGUGGAAGUCGUCAACAACGCUGGGAUCACGGUGUACGGAGUGAUCCGGUGGCUGGGGACCCCAGAGGGGAAGGUGGACACAUGGGCCGGGAUCGAACUGGACUUUGAAGUGAAAGGCUGCUCUGAUGGGGUGUACAAAGAUCGGAGGUAUUUCACCUGCAAGGGCAACAGCGCUCUGUUUGUUCCCAUCACAAAAUGCAGCCCGGACAGGAGGUUCGUCCGCUCCUCUGAAGUAACCGAGACCUUCAAGAGCACAGAGGUUCCUCCAGUCCCCUCAUAUGAAGAGUCGGAGGAAGAUGCACCACCUGUCCCAGAAUCGAAGGCAGUGUCGCUGUUUGUGGGGAAAAUGAAGGGUAUACAGGGUCACAUUAACUCUUGCUACCUGGACGCUACACUCUUCAGUUUGUUUAGUUCAUCUGUGACUGUGGAUGCCAUCUGCAACAAGCCUGCUGACAAAGAACAACCAAUAACCUGCAUCCUGAAAUCCAUAGUCAACCGCUUACGCAGACAAGGCUUCGUGCCAGCACAGAGUGUGAUGAACUUCCGUAAAAAGCUUGGCUGUGAGACCUUCAGCAAAAACGAAAAAGAUCCUGAGGAGUUCAUCUCGGUGCUGUUUCAGAAGGUGCUCUGCAUCGAGCCUCUGCUCAAGCUCAGAUCUGAAGGAGGAACCUCUCAGGGAGCCUACACCCUCCAGAUCUUCCUGGAAAAAGAGCAGAUGGGACAGACGCCCACCGUCCAAAAGCUGCUGGACACGUCCUGCAUGUCGGGGGACAUCAAAUUCGAAACGAUGCCCUCUUGUCUCAUAAUCCAGAUGCCACGGUGCGGAAACAAGUACAAGAUGUUUUCGCACAUUUUCCCCUCCACCGAGCUGGACAUCACAGAUCUCCUGUACAACAGUCCCAGGGAAUGUUUUAUCUGUGGACAGACGGCAAGGUUUGAGUGUCUUCAGUGUUUACCAGAUGGCAAACUUCAACCAGGAAGAAUCAAGCAGUACUGCAGUACCUGCAACACCCAGGUGCACAGCCAUCGGUCCCGGUGCAGCCACUCUCCCAGGGCGCUGGUUUUACCUGCAGGUGUGUCCGCUGACGUCCCUGUGCCGAGGCACACCAUGCAGCUGUUCGGCGUGCUCUGCAUUCAGACCAGCCACUAUGUGUCCUUCGUCAAAUAUGGACCUGGUUCCCAGUCAUGGCUCUUUUUUGACAGCAUGGCAGACAGAUACGGCGACGAUCAGAGCGGUUACAACAUCCCCGAGGUCCGAGCUUGCCCCGAGCUCGGCGACUUCCUCAGCCGGCCGGAGGAGGAGCUGACCCGGGUGAGCCCGGCUCAGGCUCCGGAGCUGGUCCGCAGGCUUCUGUGCGACUCCUACAUGUUUCUGUACCACAGCCCAGAAAUGCCGGUGUCGAUACCGAACAACGGGGGGACCCUAGAUCCGUGAGAGCGCGAGGACACCGCGUUCCACAACAACAGCCUAAUCAGCUUUCGUGCACUUUAUUGCAUCCAGACAGCAGGAACUGAAGCGGAUGCUUGGAACUUCAUUGUGGAAGAUAGAAAUGCAUUUGAGAUGUCUGAACUUGACUGUUCAUGCUCAAAGCUGGUGUUGAUUUGUAGGAGACAAAGCCAACUCAUGGAGCAGAGCCACUUUUAAACCUCUAAAUGCCUGAUGGUUAAACCUUUUUUUUUUU